AUGGCACCAUCCAAAUCCCAUCUCGUCUUGCUCCUCGCCGUCGUCCUGAUCGCCGCCACGCCGCAGCCUUCGGCGGCCGUCAGGGACAAGGCCCCUGCCCCCUCCAGCAGCAACGAUGUAGUAGCAAAACCAUCGGCAUGGUGCAUUCCCUGCUUUUCGUUUCUACCCCAGUUAUUCUGUAUACCACCGAUGUUCUGUCCACCAACGCCUAGUGCGCCGCCACCACCAGCGAAGCCGGAGCCGAAAGAGUGUCUACCAUCGCUGAUGGGGUUGAUGCCAUGCAAGGAUUACCUAACCAACAGAACUGCGCCGGAGCCUCCAAAGCAAGGCAAGUGCUGCGAUGGCCUCAGGUCACUCUUCAAGAACGCUCCCGUUUGCACAUGCCGCAUAUCGGACGACGGCGACCUCGACAGGCUCAUGUCGGCACGCCUAGAUGGAGGAAAAUUCCUUCAUCUGUCGGUUAUAUGUGACACCACUAUAGCUCCAAGUGAUUAUCGAUCUUGCCAAGCAGGACCCGUGCCACCCCUGAGGGCCGCACCCGCCCCUGAAGCUGCUUCAUAA